CACCAUAAACCCGCCAAUCGUGCGAACUUGUUUCAACUUGCAUUUUAUCAAAACAGUAAACAAAAGGCUCCAAGUUGGUUAAAUUUUUUAUUUUUAAACCUGUCUAUUUAUAUUUAAAAAGUUUAAAGUAUAGAUAUCCCAGAAAGAGUAACGGUAACUUCAAUAAAAUGGCUCCUACAAAAGUUGAUCAAGCCACCAUAAUAAUAUUGGAUGUCGGCAGAAAGGUGUCGGUUCCUGAAGAAAAGAAUGGACAAUCGUUCUUCGAGAAGGGAAGGGAAUGCGCUGGACGCAUCAUUGAGCGUAAGAUUAUAAGCCAAGGGAAGAACUUGUUGGGUAUACUAUUGCUAGGUUCAAAGACUACUAAAAAUAAUUUAGCCGAGCAAGCACCAGGAACUUGUAAAAAUAUAGAGAUGUUAACUGAACUGCAGACUCCUUCAUGGUCAAUGAUACGAAGUCUUCCAACCGAGCCUUCAAAAUCAAAAGGAAAUUGGUUUGAUGCACUCUUAGUCGCAGCUGAACAUAUAAAAAAUGGUGUGUUCUCUACCAAAAUUGCUCAGAAGAAAAUAAUAUUAAUGACCAACUUUAUUGUGCCUUGUGAUACAGAUGAGAAGCAAAUCAAACAGGCAAUAUCUGGUUUUCAAGAAGAAGGUUUUGAAGUUGAUGUCAUUGGGCCAGAUAUUUACUCUGAAGAGAACAAAAACUAUGAUAUAGAACUAGCAAGACUCUUUGUUGAGGAAACUAAAGGGGCAACAGCCACAUUUGAUUAUACUAUGAGAUACUUACUAUUCCACAAGAAAAAGGCUACUAAUGCUGUACCUUGGAAUGUUGAUUUGAGUAUAGGUCCAAAUAUAAAGAUACCUGUUUCAGCUUAUAUAAGAAUUAAGGAUGAACCAGUUGUCAAGAAAUGGAAUAAAGCAAUCAGGAAUCCUGUCACCAAUACAGCUAGUUCUUCAGAAGGGGUUAAAAAAGAUAAGAUACAUAUUAACACAGAAGAUCAAACAACAGUUACUUCUGAUAAUGUUAUUAAUGGCUAUGAAUAUGGACAACAAAUCAUUCCUUUUUCAGACUGUGAUAAAAGUAUGCUGUAUGAUCCUGGGCAAAAAUCAUUAAAAGUGUAUGGUUUUACAAAAGCCAGCAACAUCACAUGGCAAAAUUUAAAUGGAGAUGGCUUGUCUUAUGUUUUUGGGAGAAAACAUAAUAAAAAAGCCCAAUAUGCGCUAAGAUGUUUAGUUGAAUGCCUCCUUGAAUUGGAUUUGGUUGGGAUUGUACGAAGAGUUUAUAACAAUGGAAAUGCACCAAAAAUGUAUGCUCUUAUGCCUGUGAUAGACACAAGCAACUUUGUAUGUUUAUCCAUGGUUGGUAUUUGCUAUAAAGAUGAAAUAAAAAAUAUGGCAUUUCCUGUCACAAACUUGAAAAAAUACACAUGUACUGAUGAACAAGUUGAUUGCUUUAAAGAACUUAUAAAAGCCAUGGAUUUAACAAAUGCAUAUGAUGAAUCUGAGUUUGAUGACACUGAAGCAUUCCCAAUAGCUAAAAUGGUCAGCCCAUCCGCUCAGUAUAUCUUAGAUUGCAUUGCUUACAGAGCCAUGCAUCCUGGUAAACCUUUACCUCAACCGAGGGAUGAUAUUAUGAUGUUAUUUAAAAUCCCACCAUUAAUUGAAAAGAAAUCUAGAGAUGUUAUUGAAAAGUUGAAAAAAUCCUUUGUUCUGAAUAAAGUGGAAGUCAAAAAGAGGGAUAAAAAGCAAGUUCAAGCUAUGGAUAUUGAUGAUUAUUGUCAACAAAACCAACCAUCCACAUCCUUUGACAUCACAAAUGAUAUACCCAAAAUUGAUCUUAAUAGUUUCAAAAAAUCAGAAAGUGUUGUGAGAAUAGGUACUAUAAAUGCAGUGAGUGAUUAUGAGGCACUCAAACAGGAAGGGAAAACUGUGGCUGACCUUUCCUCACAAAUGUGUGACGCUAUUGAAAGUAUGAUAUUUGGCAACUUAGAUGGUAAUUUCAGUAGAGCUCUAGAUGCAAUGAUGCAUUUCAGAAAUGAAUGUAUUAAAUCUGAACCAAACCUGUAUAAUAAUUGGCUAAAAACUUUUGUAUUAGAACUUGCUGAUCGGAAGAGGAACAAUGUUAUUGAAAUGAUAAAUGCACAGAAUGUAAAUUAUAUUUUGCAAAGUGAGAAUAGUUUAAGCACAAUCAAAUCGCAUUCUGACGACAGUCAGUUGUAUGAAACUGAUACAGUGCCCGAGCUAACUGAUGUCCAAAUAAGUUCAGAAGUCAACGAUCUUUUUGAUAACAUGUAAAAAUAUUUGUACUUGCAGAUAAGACAAUUUAAUUACUUGAUACAUUAAAAAUGUUUGUUAGUCAUUAAAAAUAAGCAUUAUUUGUUUUUGCCCAAAUGUUGUUUGUUAAAAUAAAGAUAUAUAUUUUUUACUAUUUAUUACAAA